AUGACCCUGGAUACCAAGCGCUACAAACGCCACCGCUGCCACACCACGCUACACUUUGUUCUCCGCCCCCACCACACUACGCCCCCACACUACGCCCCCACACUACGCCCCCACCACCCACACUUACGCCCCACCACACUCACGUCCACCCCACCACACUACGCCCCACACUACCCCCACCACACUACGCCACCACACUACGUCCCCACCACACUACGCCCCCACCACACUACGCCCCCACACUACGCCCACCACACUACGCCACCACACUACGCCCCCACCACACUACGUCCCCACACUACGCCCCCACCACACUACGCCCCCACACUACGCCCCCACCACACUACGCCCCCACACUACGCCCCCACCACACUCCCCCCCACCACACGCCCACCACACUACGCCCCACACUACGCCCCACCACACUACGCCCCCACACUACGCCCCCACACUACGCCCCCACUACCCCCCACCACACUACGCCCCCACACUACGCCCCCACACUACGCCCCCCACCACACUACGCCCCCACACUACGCCCCCACCACACUACGUCCCCACACUACGUCCCCACACUCGUCCCCCACACUACGCCCCCACCCUACGCCCCCACACUACGCCCCCACACUACGCCCCACCACACUACGCCCCCACACUACGUCCCCACACUACGUCCAGGUCUCCAGUCCCUCUCAGAUAUGCAGGAGUAGGAGGAUGAUCGGCUCUCUAAAAGCCUUCGGCCCCAGCUCUCACCUCAGCAUCCUGGUGCAUGACUGGCCAGCCAAGGGGCAGCAGCACACCCAGCCAACCCCACGCUGA